ACACGCUCUGCGUCAUGGCAGGCUGAGGCCGAUGAUGAAUUCCGGUGUGCAUAGGAGGGUUGCUGUGUCACUCGGCCGGCUCGGCGCGCCUCUUCCCGGCCACCUUUCCGCACCGGCUGUCGGGCUCUUCCGGUCUCGGACCGCCGCUUACCUGCAGGCCCUUCUACCGCCGCCGCCCGGCACACGCCGGGUCUCCCUUGCGGACUGACCUCGCGCGGUGCCCGGGCCCGGCGCCAGACCGACACUGGCCAUGGCGAGCGGCGCCACCAAGUACCGGCUAAGCUGCUCGCUCCCGGGCCAUGAGCUGGACGUGCGGGGCCUGGUGUGCUGCCGCUAUCCGCCGGGGGCCUUUGUGUCGGUGUCCCGGGACCGCACUACCCGCCUUUGGGCCCCAGACAGUCCUAACAGGGGCUUUACUGAAAUGCACUGUAUGAGUGGCCACUCCAAUUUUGUAUCUUGUGUAUGCAUCAUACCCUCAAGUGACAUGUACCCUCAUGGACUUAUUGCCACUGGAGGAAAUGACCACAAUAUUUGCAUUUUUUCCCUGGACAGUCCAGUGCCACUUUAUAUUCUAAAAGGUCACAAAAAUACUGUUUGUAGUCUUUCAUCAGGAAAAUUUGGGACAUUACUUAGUGGCUCGUGGGACACCACUGCUAAAGUCUGGCUAAAUGACAAAUGCAUGAUGACCUUGCAGGGUCAUACAGCUGCAGUAUGGGCAGUAAAGAUCUUACCUGAGCAGGGCUUAAUGUUGACAGGAUCAGCAGAUAAGACUAUUAAACUAUGGAAGGCUGGAAGAUGUGAGAGGACAUUUUCAGGGCAUGAAGACUGUGUAAGAGGUUUGGCAAUUUUGAGUGAAACAGAGUUUCUUUCCUGUGCAAAUGAUGCUAGUAUUAGAAGGUGGCAAAUCACUGGCGAAUGUCUUGAAGUAUAUUAUGGACAUACAAAUUAUAUUUAUAGCAUAUCUGUCUUUCCAAAUUGUAGAGAUUUUGUGACAACAGCAGAAGACAGAUCUCUGAGAAUCUGGAAACAUGGAGAAUGUGCUCAAACAAUUCGACUUCCAGCUCAGUCUAUAUGGUGUUGCUGUGUCCUAGACAAUGGUGACAUUGUGGUUGGUGCAAGUGAUGGUAUUAUUAGAGUGUUUACAGAAUCAGAAGAUAGAAUGGCAAGUGCUGAAGAGAUCAAGGCUUUUGAAAAAGAGCUCUCUCAGGCAACCAUUGAUUCCAAAACUGGUGAUUUAGGAGACAUUAAUGCUGAGCAGCUUCCUGGGAGGGAACAUCUGAAUGAACCUGGUAAAUACUUCAGUGUAUGUAGUAGUGGAAAAUGCCACCAUAUUUGCCUUGAAUUUGAUUAUGUUUUCUCAAUUGAUGUAAAUGAAGGUGGACCAUCAUAUAAAUUGCCAUAUAAUAUCAGUGAUGAUCCCUGGUUAACUGCGUACAACUUCCUUCAGAAGAAUGAUUUGAAUCCUAUGUUUUUGGAUCAAGUGGCUAAAUUUAUUAUUGAUAACACAAAAGGUCAAAUGUUGGGACUUGGGAACACCAGUUUUUCAGAUCCUUUUACAGGCGGUGGUCGGUAUGUUCCAGGCUCUUCAGCGUCUUCUAACUCACUGCCUACAGCAGAUCCUUUUACAGGUGCUGGUCGUUAUGUGCCAAGUUCUACAAGUUUGGGAACUACUACAGCUGGAGUUGAUCCAUUUACAGGGAAUAGUGCCUACCGAUCAGCUACAUCUAAAACAGUGAAUAUUUAUUUCCCUAAAAAAGAGGCUGUUACUUUUGACCAAGCAAAUCCUACACAAAUAUUAGGUAAACUGAAGGAACUUAAUGGAACUGCACCUGAUGAGAAGAAGUUAACUGAAGAUGACUUGAUACUUCUUGAAAAGAUACUGUCUCUAAUAUGUAAUAGUUCUUCAGAAAAACCCACAGCCCAGCAACUGCAGAUUUUGUGGAAAGCUAUUAACUGGCCAGAAGAUAUUGUCUUUCCUGCACUUGACAUUCUUCGGUUGUCAAUCAAACAUCCCAAUGUGAAUGAGAACUUCUGCAAUGAAAAGGAAGGAGCUCAGCUCAGCAGUCACCUUAUCAAUCUUCUGAACCCUAAAGGAAAGCCAGCAAACCAGCUGCUUGCUCUCAGGACUUUUUGCAAUUGUUUUGCUGGCCAGGCAGGACAAAAGCUAAUGAUGUCCCAGAGGGAAUCAUUGAUAUCCCAUGCAAUAGAACUGAAAUCAGCAAGCAAUAAGAACAUUCACAUUGCUCUGGCUACCUUGACCCUGAACUAUUCUGUUUGUUUUCAUAAAGACCAUAACAUUGAAGGGAAAGCUCAAUGUUUGUCCGUAAUUAGCACAAUCUUGGAAGUUGUACAAGACCUAGAAGCCACUUUUAGACUUCUUGUGGCUCUUGGGACACUUAUCAGUGACGAUUCAAAUGCUGUACAAUUGGCCAAGUCUUUAGGUGUUGAUUCUCAAAUAAAAAAGUAUGCCUCAGUAUCAGAACCAGCUAAAGUAAGUGAAUGUUGUAGACUUAUCCUAAAUUUGCUGUAACAGUGGGGAAGUGGGCCUGAGAUUUUAGAUUAAUUAGUGUCUUUUUCCUCACAUUUUACAUGGCUGACAACAGAUGAUUAAAAAAAAAAAAAAGAAAGAAUACUGUGGAUUAAGUAAAAUUUCAGAUCUUGUAAAUUGGUGGGAAGGGAACCAAAUAAAAUUUUUGCACUGAUGAA